UCUGAGCACAAGAACCUGGGACCUGGAUCCACAGGUCUGAGGCUUUUACUCUGAAAACACCACCUUCUACCUGAACUGUUGGAUUGUUCUCAGUCUCAGUUUUUAUCUCCAGGAUAAGAUGAGUCUGAAGACCAGGACGACACAAUGGUGUGGAUGGAUGCUCCUCCUCCUCCUCUGGGCGUCUCCAUCCCCAGACUCCCCUCCCUGGGUGGAGGCCGUCAACCUGCGGCGUUUCAUUGGCUGCGCCGUCCGAGAGUUCACCUUCCUGGCCAGGAAGCCGGGCUGCGGGGGCGUGCACAUCACCACCGACGCCUGCUGGGGGCGCUGUGAGACCUGGGAGAAGCCCAUCCUGGACCCGCCCUUCAUCGAGUCCUACCAGAGGGUCUGCACCUACAACCAGACCCGCCUGGUGACGGUGAAGCUGCCCAACUGCCAGCCCCACGUCGACCCCUCCUACACCUACCCCGUGGCCCUCAGGUGUGACUGCGGGGUGUGUCAGACCAGCACCACUGAAUGCAUAACCUCUGUUUAACACCUCCACAUUGACUUCCACCCAUCACCCUUUCCUCUUCAACAUUCACUCCAAAAACUUUAUAUUCACUCAGAUUCAGUGUUUUCUACUCAAUAAACAGAUUUUCUCUGCUUUGGCA